UUGUGAAACUGACUCAGAGGUGAAAGCAAGUGUUUUCAUGAAAUCCGAAGACAAGGAUUCAAAUAUUUAUUAUCAGAAAUGGUUCAGAUCGACAAUAUGAACACAAAGCGAUCUCUAAAUCCGUUUAGCAUCAGUCGUGUUUUGGGUGAAGAUAUCGGCUGCUCCCCUGCACAAGCAGACGACAAUUGUGAGAAAGCAGAAUUAGAUGGAAGUUCGUCAUUCAGGGAAGAUUUUGUGGAUGUUGUGAGCGAGGAAGCCGACGAUGGACCGAGUUUUGAUGGAAAUAUUUCUGUGAAUGACGACAGUGGAGAUGACAUGAGAGAUGAUACUUUGGAGGAUUUGGAGGAUAAACAGAGCGAAAACGAUGGGGAUUUGAAAGACACGGGUUCCAAGGAGGAGAAAAAGGCGGAGAAACCACCAUUUAGCUAUAAUGCGUUGAUUAUGAUGGCAAUUCGUGGAAGCCCCGAAAAAAGACUCACGCUCAGUCAGAUCUAUGAAUUUAUCAUGAAAAACUUCCCGUAUUAUAAGGACAAUAAACAAGGAUGGCAGAAUUCUAUUCGUCAUAAUCUGAGUUUAAACAAAUGUUUCCUCAAAGUUCCUCGACAUUACGACGAUCCUGGAAAAGGUAAUUAUUGGAUGUUGGAUCCGUGCUGCGAGGAUGUGUUUAUCGGAGGAACGACGGGAAAGUUACGGCGAAGAUCAACAUUAGCCACCAGAAGUCGGUUAGCCGCUUUAAAAAGGGCGGGAUUCCCUCAUAUUUCUGUACCUGGCUAUCCCUAUCCAGCUGACCGCCUUCACCCGUAUGCUGCCUGUACGCCUCUCUACGCUCUACCUGGAUUUCCUGGGACCAGAUAUCCAAGUUUACCAUAUUCAGCUUAUCCAGGAGCACUAUCAUUUGCUAAUCCAUCCGACAGAUCGGCACCUAAACCGUUAAGUUUCUCCGUUGACAGACUGUUAUCCGACUCCGUCAGGAGCAGUGAAAAUGCAUCGGAAUCGCUACCCACGGCGCAAGCGUUGCCACGACAACACAGUAACUCAGCAAUAUUCAGGAACCCUUUGAUCUUACCGACAUUUUCAGCCAUCGAUCCAAGAAACAUGGAAAUGUAUUUAAAUCAACUCAGGUCGUUUCCGUUAUCCCCCUUCGCUGGAAUGGGGGCACUGGCCAGUCCUAACAGGUUACUGAAGUUCCCCUCUCCUUUCGCUUCGGCGGAUUCAUCGUUCUCGCCCGUGGUAACGGUGACUGAUAAAUAACCCUAAAGAAAUGAAAGAAGACACGGUGUGCGUGAGCUGUAGUUAAACGUGAAAGUGUAUUAUAACUAGAAGGGUAUUAUGAACUUUUAAAACAGACGUUUCUGGUAUUUUUAUAAAAUACCAUUUUAGAUCGGAGUGCAAUUAUAAACGUAUAUUAAAAACAUUACGAUUUAACUAAAUCAAACUUUAAAUUAGCGUUUAUUGACAAACGAUAUAAGCAAACCGAGAAAAGAUAAUUCAUUUGUUUUUCCUUUGUUUGGUACAGAAGUGAUCUUUAUACAGAAUUUAAAGGAAAUGAAAAAAUAAACGAUAUAUAAAAAAAGGACAUGGAAUGUGCUAAUUUUAAUUGAUUGUUAAUUGUAUAAAACUGUUAUUAUUUCUGUUGUAAAUUAUAUUACAUUUGUCUGAGAAGCGAGGACUCGUGCUUGUGCAAUUGUUAUUUAAUUGCGCAAAACUGAUUUUCUCAUCAAUAAAGGUAAAAUUUUGUUGUUAAUUUACUCUGAAUCUUUUAAACCUUGUAGAAUGUAUAAUAAAAUAUUUAUAUUUAAA